UAAAAUCUUCAUAUUUCAAAAUGGCAGCGGCAGCUGUUGCCCCGUACAAGCAAAACAAAUAACAACGAACAGUUGUUGUUCGCGUGUUGAUAUAUAUAAUUAUUAUGUCAAGCUCAGAAGAGGAGGACACUGAUGAAAGACAGCUUAAAAUCACUUUAAUAGGAGAUGGAACAACUGGAAAAACAUCAAUAUGUACUCGGCUAUCACAGGAAAGUUUCGAAAAACAGUACAAUCAAACAAUGGGUCUUGAUUUCUUUUUAAAACGAUACACACUACCUGGAAAUAUUAAUGUUACAUUGCAAGUAUGGGAUAUUGGAGGUCAGCAGAUCGGUGGCAAAAUGCUGGAAACUUAUUUAUAUGGAGCGAAUGGGGUGGUUUUGAUAUAUGACUUAACAAAUUAUAGUAGCUUUGAAAACUUACAAGACUGGUUUGAUGUUGUUAAACAAGCAUAUGCGAGACAAGAAAAAGUGCCAUAUGUAGCACUAGUUGGUAAUAAGAAAGAUUUAGAACACUUACGAACUGUAAAAAAAGAAAAGCACACUGAAUAUGCACAAAAGAAUGGUAUGGCAAGUUUUUUCCUGUCAGCAAAAUCUGGAGAUCAAGUAAAUUUUUGUUUUCAGAAAAUUGCUGCCGAUAUUCUUGGGGUGCGUUUGUCAAAGCAGGAGGUUGAACAGUCAAAUCGUGUUAUAAAAGCAGACAUUGUUACUUAUACAGAAACGGAAGCAGCUGCACGCGCCCCACCAGGCCAUACAAAGAGCACAUUUUGCGAAAUUCAAUAAAAAACUUAUUUACAGAGAUUUUUAUUUUCAUGAUGACAUAGAUUAUUGUAUCACAUUUACUAUUAUUUCCUCCGUAAAAUAAGUGUUUCAUCCUUGGAAAUCAAAGCUGGUUUACAACAGACACAGGAAUAUCCGAGAGACAAGGUUAUUUUUUCAAUGCAUGAAAAUUAAGUAUUAUUUUCAAAAGAAAUUCAGCAAAUUUUUAAAACAGUCACAGAAUCAUGAUAAGCAAAAAGCAUAAAAACACAAAUCCAUAUAUUAAACUAAUGCGAAUUGUACAACUUUUUUGAAACAUACGCAUGGUUGUUUCAUGGUUGUUUCUGACAAUGUCAUUAAUUAUAUGUCGCCAUCACUGAUUAGUGAAGAUAAUAGAGUAAAUACAGUAUGCAUAUUAAGAAACCUAUAAUGACAUGACAGAAACAUUUUAAACUGUGUUUUUAUUUGAUCAUACUAACAGUUAAUAAAAUUUUACACCAAUAUUACAUUUUAUUUAAUAACAUUGUAUCAAACAAAACUUUAAAGCAGUAUACAUCUUUCUGCGUUAUAGACGAUGUAAAUAUAUUUAUACAUUGCUAAUAUAAAUCCAAAGUUAUCCAUUGCCCUUUACAAAAAAUUACCUUGAAUCUACUUUUCGUGAGGAUACAAUAUCUGUUAUGUAUUGUGUUUCUAAUGGCAUGUUUUAUUUAACUAAAUUGUUUUACUUUAAAAUAAGCCUAUCUCAUACAAGCUUGACAGUGACACAGAUAUCAAAAUCUAACUUGAUUGGGAAGGUCUGACAAAAUGAUUUUAAUUCUAUAGGCAAAUACUGAGUCCUUUGUUAUAAUGAGUCUAAAGUUAUUAUUGCACUCUGCCAAUGUAAUAAGGCAUUGUUAUUUUUACCUUGUAGUUUUUGUAAAAUUAUUUUAAACGUUUCACGUGUGCCUAUAAGAAAAUUUCUUACUGUUCCACUGAAGUUUGUCAUGAAGAUGUUCAAUUUAUCCUGUAAAAGUCUGAAAGGUGGACAUCAUUAUUGUUAUUUAUGGAGCAAUUUAUGUAAAAUUUAUGUUUCUUGCGUACAAUUUAG